AUGGAUGACCCGGCAUCCCGUAUCCCGGGGCAGCUGCUCCCCCAUAUGCACUUGGUCUCCCGGAAUCGCUACCCGAACAUGCACAUGAUGCCCCCAGAGACCGCCGUCGAGUACCUGGCUAGCGCACCCAGGGUUUGCCAGUCACAACCUAUGCAUUGGACCUUUCUGGAUGGACCUGGCGACGGUACUGUCAUGCUGACAUGGCAACCUCUCGCGCACAUGGGCAACAACUUUGCCAGUGACGGUUAUGUUUGGGCCGAUGCCGAGCAGGGACAUGUACUAGAGGUCCGAGGUUAUACCGUUGAAGUAUUCGUUCACCGCAGCGGUUACCACCCCCCGAAUGAGAACGUGGCUACCCACAGUCGCAAGCGUUAUCGCAUCGUUUCUACCAAGAUUCCCAAUACCGCCCAACCGGACCCUUCCCUGUGGAUUGUCCACUACUCGCGCGCGCCUCAGAAUGACCAGAUUCCUGCCAACCGCAUCCCGCCUACCCCGCAAGUACAGCAAUCAAUGAGCCAACGACGAUUCCUCCAAAGCCAAGGCCAACUUGCCCGCAAGGAAUUCCUCCUGCACGACCGGAACAACUGGCCCACUAUCAACUUCCCGCAACAGGUGGGCCAACAGGGGUUCGCCCAACCCCAACCAGCUUUUCAGGGCACCCCACAGUCACGACCGGGCUACUACCCGCCUCAGGGCCACCCUGCUGCGCCUGCCCCGGUUCCUCCUCAGCCCAAGGUCGCUCGCCCCCAUCGUGCUUCUUCCGCUGCGAUCGCGGCCGCAGCCGGCGAAUUUGCCCUCGAGGAUGAGGAUGUGUCUAGCGGUGAUGUCUUGGACGCCCUCACACCCCGCGAAGUUAGCAAGAUGCGAUACGUCCAGCACCACGAAUGGAUGGAGGAGAUCUUCGCCUCGCCAUACUCCAUCUCACAGAUCACACCCGUUUCCCUCGGUUUAGGGCGGAAGGGAGAGCUCCAAACGUUGACGGAUGGGUUCUUCGACGCACCUGACGCAGAGGGUCAGGGUGAAGAAAAUGUCCCCGACGCGACCAAAUUAGAACCGGCCAAGGCGGAGGAGUUUGCCGAUCGUGUCACUAAGAAGGUAGCCGAUAUGACGGCCGAGAUUGAAAAUUUGAAGAAGCAGCACGCACAACGCAUGGAACGCUUUCACCGCAGCUCGCUCUUCAAGGACGCUGAACUGCGUCUCCGUGAAUCCGCUGCGAACCCGGCAGAGUCGGGACCGGAGGUCUGGCGACUUGAGGGUCGGAUCGUCGUUCCCUCCGAGGAAGAUGCUACACCCCAGCUGGAUUUCGUGGAGGAGGAGAAGGCCAAGUACAAGGUCGAUGAUGUUGUGCGCGAGGUGGAGACCAACUGGAAGAAGCAAAUCAUGCCCGAACCCAAGGUUUCAUGCGUUGAGAAGGGCGGUCUGUUAGAGAAGAUUGAACCAGAGCAGCCUGAGCCCGAAUCAUUCGCCAAUGAUAUGGUUCUGGAUGACACUCACCUCGACAACCAAUUCGUUACCUCUGCCCCCGGUACCACCGAGCAGCCUGUCCCUGGCGGAAUUCCCGGUGACGUUGAAAUGGAUCUUGGCGAUCAACUUGCCGGUGGACCGGGCGAGAACAGCGAAUGGGUGAUGGUGAACAACGAGAAACAGGAGGCUCCUGCAGGCGGUGAUGCCGGCAUCGAGAGCGGAUUCGAUUUCACCAACAUCGACAGCGCCGGUGAUGCCUUGGCCGCGUACACGGAGCAGAAUGAUGAUCUUGAUCUGCCCGAUUUGGACAAUUCGGCAUUUGGCGAUGCUUUCCAUGCGUCGGAUAACGAGCACUCUCACCACCCGGACGCGGAUGACAUUUCGUAG